CUGGUGCUGCUUCACUUUGAGACGGAGCAUCAAAGCAGCAGCAGCUAAAAUGUUCUGGUUUAAGAAGUUGUGGUGUUGUAGCGCCCCGGCCGACGAGGAUGAGGAGCCACACAGACCCAAACCUGAAAAGAAGGAGAAGAAGAAGAAGAAAUGGUGGCGGAGACUCAAAAAGAAGGCGAGGCAGGAGGACACAAAUGUGGAGGAACAACAGGUAAAUAGGAAACAAAGAGAACGCAGGGAUGAGUACCCAGUUUCUGCAGGACCAAGGGCAGGAACCAGAGGUACAGGUGGUACAGAUGGAAGAGAAGAACCAGGUGGAGCCGAGCAUGGAGGAGAAUCAGAUGAUGCUAAACGAGGAGAACGCAGGGAUGAGUACACAGGUUCUACCCGACCAAGGGCAGGAAUCAGAGGUACAGAUGGUACAGAUGAACCAGGUGGAGCCGAGCAUGGAGGAGAAGAACAUGGAGAAGAAGCCAGAAGAGCAGAACCCGGUUAUAGAAGGGAUUGAAGCAGAUCCACUUCAGGCUGUUCUGGAAAAGAUCUUCAGGUCCUCUGAUGAAGUGGUGCAGCAGCAGAACGUUCAGGACGAGCACGUUCUGAUUGCUCCCACAUUUAUAAGCCAACUUGAAGAGUGUGAAAAACUGAUGGAGACCACAAUGGAGAAUCAAGGCAUGUUGGACCCCGCCGGCGCCCCUGUGUCCCCCCUCUACAUGCUGAAGAUAAAUAGAACGAGCCGCUGGACCGUGCGCCCUGUAAUGGUGCUGCCAUCCUCACAAUACGUCUCAUCGGCUCUGCUGUGUUCUGCACUGCUGUGGCGUCCUUCAGAACGUCCUCGCUCCACAGGGAUCGUCCAGAAACUUUUCCGUCAUCAAAAUAAAAAUAAAGUUCAUUAAAAAAUAAA